AUGGUUUGGAUAAAGAGAACGGGCCUGAGCAGCUUGCUGUCCUUGGCACUGCUUUGUCCCGUAGACGGCUUUUACAUUCCUGGAUGGUCAAUCAAGAGCUACAAGGAAGAACAGCAAAUCCCUCUCAUGGUCAACAAGGUCUACUCGGAUAACACCCAACUCCAAUAUGCAUACUACGAUCUACCCUUUGUCUGCCCACCUACCGGGCAACACAAGUCUGCCGGCGGGCUCUUAAGCGGGCAGAGCAUCCCUCUCAACCUGGGCGAGGUCUUACGAGGCGAUCGAAUCAUGGCUUCGGACAUCGAACUUGCCAUGCAAAGGGACAAGCCAUGCAAUGUCCUCUGCACCAGGGACAUUUCAAGCGGCGACCUCCAACGUGCUAAGGAAUUAGUGAAAGAUGGUUACGUGGCUGAGUGGAUUGUGGACAAUUUACCUGGAGCAACAAGCUUUGUGACAGUGGACAAGACCAAGAAGUACUAUGCUGCUGGGUUCAAGCUUGGCUACACAGAAUUCUCUCCUAGCACGGGCAAGGCACACUACUUUCUGCAUAACCACCACACUAUUGUGAUUCGAUAUCGCAAGGCUUCAGGACGAGCGGGUGCCAGAGGGGAGAAGAUCAUUGUCGGGUUCGAAGUCUACCCCAAGAGUAUUGGAAACAGCAACAGACGAGACACCAAGGGAUGUCCUAUUGAUUUGCAAAACGUGGACCAGCCAUUUGAGCUUCACAUGACUCCCAACAAGACGAUUGGUUCCGUCGCGCCGAGACAUACCGAUUCAUCUUAUCAGCCUGCGGCAACUGAGGGCGACGAUAGUGCCGAGGGGAUGCUGAGUGUUCCCUAUACAUACUCGGUCUAUUUCCGAGAAGACGACACAAUUGACUGGUCGCACCGAUGGGAUCUGUAUUUUGUGAACCAGGAAGAGGGCUCGCGUAUUCACUGGCUCGCUAUUGUGAACUCGCUCAUUAUUUGCGGCUUGUUGACCGGUAUUGUGAUGAUUAUUCUGGCAAAGACGAUUCGCACCGAUAUCAAGGGAUACAAGGAUGCCCUGGCCGAAGACGGAAAAUUAAGAUUAAAACGAAAGAAUCGAUCCGGUAACCGUACACCCAAGGAGAAGCCCGGCUUGCUGGAUCAGGGCGACGAUGUAGACAAUGACGCCGAUGUCUCUUCCGACGACGAAGCUCUCGAGGACGUGACAGGAUGGAAACUUCUCCACGCCGACGUGUUUAGGACUCCGCGAUUCGGCAGCCUCUUGGCACCGCUCAUCGGUUCGGGUAUGCAGCUCGUGUUCAUGGCUGUGGGACUGGUUGUGUUGAGCGCGCUCGGCGUAUUGAAUCCCAGCUUCCGUGGCGGCUUCAUCAGUGUGGGCGUUGGUCUGUUCAUUUUUGCUGGUCUUUUCUCAGGCUACUUUUCCGCUCGCGUGUUUAAGAGUUUUGACGGCAAGGACUACAGGGCCAACGCAUUGGUCACGGCUCUCUUGUUCCCCGGCCUUGCUUUUGCCCUGGUGUUCAUUCUCAACCUGUUUGUAUGGGCGCAGGCUUCGAGUACGGCUAUUCCUUUUGGAACUUUGAUCGCCAUUGUCUUCCUGUGGCUGUGCGUACAGGUCCCUCUUGUCCUGGCAGGCUCGUACUAUGGUUUCCUAAGAGCCGGUGCUUGGGAGCAUCCUACCCGAACAACGACCAUUGCCCGCCAAGUGCCACAGCAGGCAUGGUAUAUCAAGUCAAUGCAGUCGAUUCUUCUGGCUGGACUCAUACCGUUCGCUGUCAUAUUUAUUGAGCUGCUAUUUGUGUUCCAGUCUAUGUGGCAGGACAAGAGCGGCUAUUACUACGUGUUUGGAUUUUUGGCGGUUGUGUCGAUCAUCUUGGUGGUGACAAUUGCCGAAGUGACGGUUGUGACGGUCUAUAUUCAACUGUGCUCUGAAAAUUAUCACUGGUGGUGGCAGUCAUUCUUUGUUGGCGGCGGCAGCGCCCUGUGGGUGUUUGCCUACAGCGUCUGGUAUUACUUCUUCAAGUUACACAUUACCGGAUUUGUGAGCAGCUUGCUAUUCUUCACAUACAGCUUCAUGGCUUGCUGUGUUUAUGGGCUUUUGACAGGAACCAUUGGAUUCCUGAGCGCCUAUGCAUUCGUUCGAAGAAUCUAUGGGGCUAUCAAGGUCGAUUAA